AUGGUGGAAGUGGAGCAGAAAAAGAAGAGGACCUUCCACAAGGUCACCUACCACAGUGUGGACCUGGACCAGCUACUGGACAGGUCCUACGAGCAGCUGAUGCAGCGGCAGCAGUGGCAGCUGAACCGAGGCCUGCGGUGGAAGCAUCACUCACUGUGUAAGCAGCUGUGCAAGACCAAGAAGAAGGCACUCCCCAUGGAGAAGCUUGAGGUGGUGAAGAUGCACCUGCGCGGCAUGAUCAUCCUGCCUGAGACGGUGGGCCGCAUGGUGGGCGUGUGCAAUGGUAAGACCUUCAACCAGGUGGAGAUCAAGCCAGAGAUAACUGGCCACUACCUAGGCAAGUUCUCCAUCACUUACAAGCCUGUGAAGCAUGGCUGGCCCGGCACUGGUGCUACCCACUCCUCCCACUUCAUCCCACUCAAGUAG